CGUACGCGGUGACGUAAUGGACAGGAUUUCCGGUGGUGUGGGUUUGAAAAACAGCUGCUCACGGACUGAAAAUCACGGGAGGAAUGAGAGACGACAGGUAACAGACAGCGAACAGACGCACAGACUGACGCACACACAGGUAACCGACGCACCGGGGGACGGAGCGCGAGCAGCGGCGUUCUCACUCACUCGUGUUCUCAGUUUAACCCAGAUCCUGGUCCAGGUGAUCUGAACCGGACCAAUGGCGGGUCACACCUGGCUGGACUCCUCCCUGCGUCGCUCUGCCCGUCUGGGUCUGGAGGUUCUGGACCGGGCCUCCAGACGGAGCGUAGACUGGACCAGCGCUGCCACAUCCCGGACCCCCACCGCCUGUACAGAUGACGUGCCCCAAAGCCCCGCCCAGAGAACCCACUCGGAACUCGACGACGCCUUCUCGACUAUCGCGGAGUUCAUGACCCUGACGACGCUUCGGUGUAAAAUGUUUUAUGAGUCCGGUUGUUCCACCGACUCUGAGAGGAAACAUGUGUCCAGGUUCCACCGUCAAGAAGCCUCUAGAACGUCGUCGACCAGGACACAGGCUGGAGUUUCGGGGCCAGAUGCAGAUUUCUACAUCGAGGUUUCACCAGGAACGUACGCCGUCAGUGCCAGCCUGCCUGAGGCGCCGCGGCAGACCCGUAUGGUCAGCGUCAACGCUGGCGAGAGCGUCAACCUCACCUUUAACCUUUGACCUUCAGGACGACGCUCGGGGGCUUUAAAGCGUCUGUUCAGAACCAUCAGUGUUUUUUAUUCAUCUCUGCACUUAUCAACUGUCAGUAUUAUCAAAUAAAGUGUUCCGGACCCGGUUCAGGGCUUGUCUGCUAACCUGGUUCAGGACAUGUUUUCUGAUCCAGUUCACCCAUAGGCGCUGGUUCCGGUUCCUGAACGAGGUUGGGCUUUGAACUGUAGAACAUCCCUUCCUCGUCUCCCCUUCGUUGCCGGUAGCGAUAGGAACAGGGCGCUGUGAUUGGGCGACGCACUGAGUGGUGGCACAGGGAACCUGAAGGCAACAGGCCGAGGCAUUGUCCUUGCCAUGGCGCCCCCUACAGGCACAAACAACCUGGAAUGAAGCAGCUGCAUCAUCGAUAUAAAGCUAAUGCCCCUCCGCCCCCCCCCCCCCCCCCCCCCCUCCGCCCCUCCUCCUCAUGAAGCCCCUCCCCUUCUAUGAACCUGCUGCUGUGAUGAUCAGUGACAGGUCCUUACUGUUGUCAGUAAUAUUUAACCCCUUCCUGUCGGGUCGUGUUUCUGUUUGCUCCAAUAUAUUGAUUAUGAAUCUGUUACAAUCAGUGAUGAUGUGUUUUUAUAUGGAACUGAUUUUUUUUUUUUUAAAACACAUAAAACACUUUGACUCCUUCAGUGUUUUCAGUUGUUUGUGAUGUUGCACAUGAAUCUAAACCAAAGAACUUGACUCCAGACCAAAGGUUCAUUUUGUAUAAUUUCAUCCUCAUUCUAAGUACUGCAGUAUAAAUAAAUAUACUUCUAUUUACCACACUGUUUUACUACAUAUUCUGUAUAUUUCAGUUUUGUACAUUGAGCUGAGUCAUGAUAAAAUUACCAGAAGUAAAAUCACCAUGUUCUUCUCUGUUAAUGGUAAAUUAACCUGAAUUUACUUAAAUUUAAUUCAAUUCUAUUAAAAAUGUAAUUAAAAAAAAGUUUUUU